CGUCAGCGCAGGCGGCAUCAACAACAAUACAUUAUCAUAUUGUAUUCCAUGUGGAUAAUUACCCCUAGAAGUCAUAAAUAAAUGAACUAUAAUAUGAUAUCCCGUUGUCGUUUACAGUGUAGGUUAAGUGCAUACAUGGCUUACAUUCUGGAUGCUACCCGCCAUUAAAUAUAACAAAGACGAAAAAACGACGACGACGAAGGAAGCUUAAAUCUUUUAUUUUGAAGAACCUGGACAGAUUUCCGUCUGUUCGUCUUAGCCGACUUGACCACGACGGUAGUAAUUGUCGUCAGUUUCUUCCCUAACUUUAUCAAGCUUCUACGACUCUUUUUGGAAUUGUGUCUUAAACCAACAUGGGAGCUUGUUUGGCACUGAGUUCUCUUGCCAGUUGUGCAUCCUGUUUGUGCGGCUCGGCUCCCUGCCUGCUGUCAUCAUGCUGCCCUUCGACGUACAACUCUACCAUGAGCCGGCUGGCUUUCUCCUUCAUGUUGCUGCUUGGGACUCUGGUCUCUGUCAUUAUGAUUCUCCCAGGCAUGGAAGAAAAUCUUAAAAAGAUUCCAGGUUUCUGCAUGGGUGGCACAACCAUACCUGGCAUAGAGAACAAGGUGAAUUGUGACAUUAUUGUGGGCUACAAGUCCGUGUACCGCAUGUGCUUUGCCAUGGCCUGCUUCUUCUUCCUCUUCUCCAUCAUCAUGAUCCGAGUGCGCAGCAGCAAGGAUCCCCGAGCUGCCAUCCAGAAUGGCUUCUGGUUCUUCAAGUUCCUUGUGCUGGUUGGCAUAACCGUGGGAGCUUUCUUCAUACCAGAUGGCACCUUUAAUACAGUGUGGUAUUACUUCGGCAUGGUGGGCUCUUUCAUUUUCAUCCUCAUCCAACUCAUCCUUCUGGUGGACUUCGCCCAUUCCUGGAACCAGUCCUGGGUGGAGAACGCAGAGAACGGAAACCGAAAGUGUUGGUUUGCAGCUCUAGUGUCUUUCACCUUUGUCCACUAUGCCUUGGCUUUCACUGCCGUCGUGCUGUUCUACGUCUAUUACACCAAACCUGAUGACUGCACAGAGCACAAGGUCUUCAUCAGCCUCAACUUCAUAUUCUGCAUCAUUGUGUCUAUUGUGGCAAUUCUUCCCAAAGUUCAGGAGGUUCAGCCCACCUCAGGCCUGUUGCAGGCCUCCCUCAUUUCCCUCUACACCAUGUAUGUCACCUGGUCAGCCAUGAGCAACAACCCCAACCGUCAGUGUAACCCCAGCCUGCUGAGUUUGGUCCAGCCCGUCAGUCCAACUCCACCACCAGGACCUGCCCCAGGAACUCCAAAAGUCCAGUGGUGGGAUGCACAGGGCAUCGUGGGAUUGAUCAUUUUCUUGUUCUGUACUCUUUAUGCCAGCAUCCGCUCAUCCAACAAUGCCCAGGUGAACAGGCUGAUGCAGACUGAGGAGGGCGAGGGUCUGACCGCCUCCCACGAGGCCACCAAAGGAGAGGACGGAGUCCAUCGGGCCAUGGACAAUGAAGAGGAUGGAGUCACCUACAGCUAUUCCUUCUUCCACUUCAGCCUCCUUCUGGCCUCCCUCUACAUCAUGAUGACCCUCACCAACUGGUACAUCAUAUUCUGCAUCAUUGUGUCUAUUGUGGCAAUUCUUCCCAAAGUUCAGGAGGUUCAGCCCACCUCAGGCCUGUUGCAGGCCUCCCUCAUUUCCCUCUACACCAUGUAUGUCACCUGGUCAGCCAUGAGCAACAACCCCAACCGUCAGUGUAACCCCAGCCUGCUGAGUUUGGUCCAGCCCGUCAGUCCAACUCCACCACCAGGACCUGCCCCAGGAACUCCAAAAGUCCAGUGGUGGGAUGCACAGGGCAUCGUGGGAUUGAUCAUUUUCUUGUUCUGUACUCUUUAUGCCAGCAUCCGCUCAUCCAACAAUGCCCAGGUGAACAGGCUGAUGCAGACUGAGGAGGGCGAGGGUCUGACCGCCUCCCACGAGGCCACCAAAGGAGAGGACGGAGUCCAUCGGGCCAUGGACAAUGAAGAGGAUGGAGUCACCUACAGCUAUUCCUUCUUCCACUUCAGCCUCCUUCUGGCCUCCCUCUACAUCAUGAUGACCCUCACCAACUGGUACAUGCCCAAUGCAAACUACCAGGUCAUGGAGAGCACCAUGCCAGCUGUCUGGGUGAAGAUCAGCUCCAGCUGGCUCGGCCUGGCCCUGUAUCUCUGGACCCUGGUGGCCCCGCUGGUGCUCCCCGACAGAGACUUCAGCUAAAAAUUGUGAACUCUGUCAACACGUUGUCACUAGCUUCUUACUGUUUGCACCUUUUGAGGAAAGUUAACUUUAAUGUUGUGCCAUUCUAGAUGAAAAUGCUAUAUUGUUAUCUAAAUGCUGGUCCCCCCUUUUUCUGUGAACUGACGUUUUGCAGAGAGAUGAGAUUGUUUAGCUUCCAUCACACAUUCCAACCUUUCACCUCAAGAAAUAUUUCUCCUUUCCCCCACUAUUACAUAUAUUAGAACUGAGAGCAUUAUAUGCCUUUUUGGCUAAGACCAAAUGAUCACUGUAGAAGUGAUGGUUUGGCUUAGUUUAACCAGAUUUACCUUGUGCUCCAUACAUCAUACUUUUCCUUAUUCUCCUUGAAUCCAUUUGAUUCAAGGUGUUUAGGUGCUUGAGGUUCACUUUUUCUAUUUAGCUACUUUAUCUUUUUUUAAUUAAUGGUUUUAUUUUCGUGCCCGGUUUUAAACAAAGUGCCUUAUUAUAUUUUGCACGCAGUUAUUCAAGGGGACCAAAGUUUUUCUAACAUUUAGCUUUGAGUGUAAAGUUCCUCAGUAUAUGUUCACUUUUCAGUUUAAUCAAUAAAGUUGACAUUCUGUUUAA